AUGGCAGGGCUAUGCCUUGCCUUAGCCAUGUGCGUGGCGGCUGACCGGUGGCCUUUUUGGCAGCGUGUGGGCUCGCGUGAAGUCCUCGCCUUGCGUUUGGUGGCGCACUACGUAUGGGCGGUGUGCUACCCCAUCGUCUCAGUGAUGGAUGGCCGUGGGCGUGCGCCCCACCUGGAUCCGGAGAUGCUGGUGUGUCUUGGGAAGAACUUGGUCACCAAUCCAUCGCUGCAGACGGCCUGGUUCUUCGUACUUCGAGCGAAGGAGUUCGGCGAGUCAGAAGGGGCUGUGACAUCUGCACCUCCAGGACAGGCCACCGAGGACUUCUACAAAGCUGACUUCGUUGAUUUAGACGCCAGCAGUGUCAAGGAGGUGGGAUCAUACCAGGUGGCAGGGACAGGCAAAGUGGCCAUCCCUGCAAAAGUCCCUGAGUACCGGCCCAUCCAGCGUGGGAAGCGAUUGGAGAAGGAACCUGGCGAAAAGCGACCUCCAGUGGAGGAUGGUGCCUAUUUGACGUACGUUGACGAGAAGUGCAAUCUCUACGACACCGCCAAAGAGGCCGCACCAUCAGCUUUAACAAAGGAUAUUAUAUGUGACCGUGGAUCCCUUCUGACACUUCUGGACUUUGUCAGUGAGACCUUGACUCCUUUCCUCAUGAAAAAGGGCCAGCAUGCCUCUGCUGUGGAUUUGGUGAAGAUCUCCAAGUCUGAGAAGGGUGGGCUUGUUUUGGAAAAGCUCCUCGAUGUGGACAAGAUGGUGGCCGAGUUUAUUCCAUAUCGUUCCGGGUGGAAACGUGAAGAGGUUUCAGCCGGUGGCAACUUCAAACCGGCGCUGCAGCGCUUGGCCAAUGGAGAUCGCCACACAAGGAGUAUGAUGUGCACUGGUUUGCUGCAGAUUGCAGGCUCCAGAGCAGGUGAACUGGACGACUGUUACCGCUUUGUGGAAUUUGAUCUUGGUGGCCUUAGCUUGCUGACGAAGGCCCGAGCUCAUGCUCAGAAAGACGGCCAGAACAUUGACAUUGCACACAAGCCGCUUUCCGAAUUCCAUGAAUCAUCGAAGAAUCAGGUGCUUCUUGAAAAACGUUGA